AUGUUUCUGAAUCUCUUUAUUGGAGUAUGGUGGGUGAUUGAUUGUGUUGGCAUUGUUGUUAUCGCAUUUGCAGCACCUGUUGAGCACAUGCGAGAAAUCAUGGCGACGGUCGGUAGAAACAGAGGUGAAGCAAUACUUGAUAAGCAGAAAUACAAGUAUAAGCCGGACAUUAUUCUGCUUAAAGAAACCUCAUCGCCGGCCCAAGUACAGGAUUGGCUAACUGAAAAAGUUAACCGAUUGACAUUUAUUUUGAGGGUGCAUGAGCUGCUUGAAGACCAAAAUGGGGCGAAUUUAUUUGCGUUAAGUAGAAAGAAACUGUUGGAGGUGUGCGGACGUGAGGAAGGCGGACGUCUUUACAGUCAACUGCUCUUGCAAAAGAAAAAGUCUGGGUAUGCCACUCCAAGCGCGGUCGAAUUGAAAGCCAUUCUAAACCAUCGUCGAAAUCAAGUGGAACGUAGCAAUGAGGCGGCAGGUGAUGAACCAUCCGAGCUUGCGCCCACAAUUGAAGCGUCCUCAUAA